GCAGCCGAAUUGCAGAAAUCACACAAUAUCUUUCAAGAUUGCUCUUUAAUCAUUCUCCAACAAUCUUCGUACUCAAUUGAAAACAUGGCUGGAGUUUCCCUGCUCCCAGCAGAGCUUUUGCUUGCAAAACGUGUCCAAGAUAUGGUCAUCAAUGGGGAAGAACCAACUUCUCUUUUUAUGUCUAGGAACGACACCAAAGAAGCUCAAGACAUUCCAUCUCAUCUUUCUCCGAUUCCCAUCAUUGACCUCAGUUCCUUCUCGUCAUCAACAUCAACCAGCGAAGAAGAAUUGCAGAAACUAAAAUCAGCACUUUGCUCAUGGGGUUGCUUCCAGGCUAUUGGACAUGGGAUUCCAUGUGCAAUUCUAGACAAAAUUCGCAGUGUCGCAAAGGAAUUCUUUGAACAACCAAUGGAAGAAAAGAAAAAAUGGUCAAAAAGUGCUAAUCCUGAAAUGGAAGGAUAUGGUGGCGACCCUGCACCCGAACAAGGUCAAUCCCUUAACUGGCAAGAUCGCUUAUUCCUUAGUGUGUACCCAGAAGAUAUGAGGAUGUACAAAUACUGGCCUGAAAAUCCCAAAUCAUUCAGAGAAGUUUUAGAAGACUACACAAUUAAGAUGAAAAUGGUGACAGAGAAUGUCUCCAAAGCCAUGGCACAAUCAUUGCAAUUAGAAGAAAAUUGCUUUCAGAAUCAGCUUGGUGAAAGAGCUACUUUGAGUGCAAGGUUCAACUACUACUCACGUUGUCAUAAACCCCAACUUGUUUGGGGCUUAAGACCUCACGCAGAUGGAUCGGCAUUCACCAUUAUUUUGCAAGAUGAUGUUGAAGGCUUACAAGUUCUCAAAGAAGAGCAAUGGUUUACAGUACCGACAAUAUCCAAUGCUCUUCUGAUCAUCUUGGGUGAUCAAAUGGAGAUAAUGACAAAUGGAAUGUUCAAGAGUGCAGUGCAUAGAGUGGUGACUAACUCAGAGAGGGACAGGAUUUCAGUUGCUGUUUUCUAUUAUCCAGAAAAAGGAAAAGAGAUUGGACCAGAAGAAGGCUUGAUUAAUGAGGAAAGACCGAGGUUAUUCAAGAACCUGACAGAUUAUGGCGACGUACAUUUUCAACACUACCAACGAGGGAUGAGAGCACUUCAUCUAGCAAAAGUUUAAAUGCAAACCGGCUUUCUCUCUAUAUUUACCUUGAGUUGUUUUAUCAUGCUAGAUACUUAGUAAACUUAUGCUACUUGACAGGUCAUGUUUCCCAUAAUACCUAUAUUUAAGUGUCUAAUUGGGAGUUUUGGCAAGACAAGGAAGAAUUAAGGGGUUGGGGAUGAGGAAGGCCUUCAGGCCUCUAGCCAAAUUGGGAGUUUGAGCAUGUGUAACUCUCUUUCCCACCCCUUUUUUCUCACAAGUUGAACCAUUUGCUCUUUUUUGUCAAAAGAAAAAAAAAGGGGGUUGGGGCUGGAAUCUGCAUUUUUGUUUUUGGAUUGCAAUAAUGAGAGAUGGGACCUUCCUUGUAUUCCUUUUAAUGUUCAUGUUGUAAAAUUAAACACUAGUACUGUAA